AGCGGGGUGAUUAAAGGCUACAUAUACUAGUAUAAUUAGUGUUUCCACUGAAGGAAACUAAAUUCCAGUUAGCACAAGCGUCUGCUUGAUAGAAACUGCAUUGUUUUUGAAUAUAAGUGUAGAUGUAAAAAAGCAUGCAAAUUUGCUUUCUCGAUUAUACAACUGUAUUGUGGCGACACGUACACAUACAUUAUACUUGUCUAACAAAAAAAUAUAAUUAAGAACCCAAAGUACUUCUUUAGUAGAGAAAAUCAAAGUCCAGCAUCCAAAAAACAUUCACUAAAUUAUUCAUCAUGAAAACAAACUAAUAACUUUGAUACUACAACAUUCCUAUGAAAUCCUACGAUAUCCUAUAGUAAGAAUUUAUAGGAUUCAUACGAUAAGAUCAUGUAGGAUUCUUACCAUAGGAUCCUAUAGGAAAUAUCACAUAGUUCUACAGGCAGACUCCGAGGAUAAUCCUAUCAUAGGAAAUAAUAGGAUUCCAUAGGAUCCUACGAUAGGAAUCCUGUAAGAUCCUGUGUUUUAUAGGAUCUUGUAGGAUGUUGUGUCUUGUAGAAUUGUGUUAACGGUGCCGUUUUCUUGGACCUGGGUAGUCUUGGAUGCUGCGGUUGAACCUAACUUUCUUGAUGUGAAACAUUAGUGGCCUGCAUCAUUUGACGUUCAUCGACAUUUGAAAUAAAAGGACGCGGCAUACAUCUAAACGAACGAAAGAAUACUAGAGACGAAAAUGAGAAAGCGAAAUUAAAGGAAAAAUCUGAAAAUGAUAACCAAUAUAGCGUUUUCUCUAUAUGAGAGUUACACCUGAAGUGCAUCUCAGAACUUUUGAUAGCGGUUUGUCGUAUAGAGUUCGUUCUUUUUUUGUUUAAAAGAGGAAAAGAAACUGCUUGGUCUAACCAGCGUCGAUUUUUGAAUUAGGUCUUAGUUUUUUGUCAACUCUGAAGAUUUUUAGAAAAUCCGGAAGGAUUUUUUGAGUUUUGGAGGUUGUUGGUUUCCUGGAAAACCAAUAAAGGCUCAGCUGAAAAAUCGGCGCCCGUCAGUCCAUGUAGUUAGGUGUCUAGUUUAAAAUAAAACAAACCCGAACUCUCCAGCUUGAAGUAUAUUGACAAAUCUUGGGACGCACUUCAGAGUCCGUUUUGGACCUUGAUCUCUGGAUGGCAAGUGCGCAAUGGAAGAGAGGAUAAACUUUUAUUGACGAUCAACCACUUCUCCCGUACAAAUUUACACUUCUUCUUACUGGUAUGUCUGCCUGGCUUGCUGCAGUUACACGAAAACGAACGCAGCCGGACAGAUAAGAGGAAAUCGAAAAUUCUUGCAUAACAUCCUUUUUGCAUUCAGCGGUCACAAGAUGAUCGUGUACACUUACAAAAAUUAUUUUUCUGAAAUCCACUGACAAGUCGAACACUUAAUACCAUCGAUUUAAACGUAUGUGUUUUGAUAAUUUAAAAUGUGCAGCAUAAGAUAAUAAAUAGCUAAAAAAAUUGUCGUGUAACAUAAACAUUGGUGUUUUUCCUCUGUUCACUGGAAAAUCUUUAUAUUGCAUAAGAUAUCUUGGUACAUUUGCAAUUAUUUCUUCAUGAAUGAUCGAAUGUAAAUAACCGUUUCAACUUAAUUCGGAAGAUCUGAGUUACUCGUAUCACUUAAACUGAGUAGGGAGCAACCAAGUGAGGAUAGGCAGAGCUCCCACACUCUCGACAAUUCCUGUAUUGCACAGUCUAAAGAAGAUGGAAAGAUCAACGCUCUCAAUUAUUAAUUCUGUUGGAAAAAUCUGGCCGUAAUAGAAGAGAGUGUGGUAACGGAUUUUCGUUACUUGUUACAGUAACGAUAACGGGAAAGUGCCACACCUCCUCCUCGUGAAAAUCGACCUAUCAACUGCUUUUGUGCGGAGAUUGACUUUCUACCGGUUCCGGAGCGUCUAAAAGAAGAUGAACUUGGUAUCUUUUGCGCCUAGAGGACGAAUCUCGUCUGGAAAUAGGGAUGAUUGUGGCAGUCACAUAUCGUUACAUUCUAUUUCUUCUCAUCAAGAAAGUUCUUUGCUUUUCGUUUUCCGUUUCGUAGUUAAAUCAGAAAAAUAUUAAGUGUUCUUACAAAUACAAAAAAACAAAAACAAGUUGUCUUCGUAAUGAAUUUCGUUAUAAAAGUUAGUUCUUUCUCUUCGUCUUCUGGAGAGAACAUCUCUCCAAAACAUUCUUCUCAACUUUUAUCUUCAGCUUCAAAUCUUCUUCUUCUCUUACACUACGAGAAGGAGUUUCAUACUGCUACAUCAGUUCUAACUUCUCUAAUAUACAGAGAAGAAGAAAAAUAUAAUUACGUAUUUUCGUUUCCAAUAUUAAUUCACUCUCCUUCUUCAUAUCCAACAUCAAUUGGUUACAUCGAAGUAUAACCUGUUAUUUAAUUUAUAGUAGAAGAAGGACAUUUGUUAGUCGUAAUCAAAUGUCUUCCACUAUAAAUCAAAUAACACAACAAGAUGCUACAGUUACAACAGAUGUUAAUUUCCUUCGUUGCGACCAUGAACAGCAUGUCUCCAAAAUUCAAAAACAAAUUCGUUUGAGAGCACCCGAUCAACGAUUAAGUUUGCAUAAACGAAUUUAUGACAGUAACACCAUCCGUAAUUCAACAAAUAAACAAAAUUCUACUGUUUAUAAACCAGUUAAUAUUCAACUGUUAAAUAAAAUUUUGUCAAUUAAUCUCGAACAAAUGCAAAUAAGUGUUCAGCCUGGUGUCAUAUUUCAAGAUCUUGUUGUUGUUUGUCUCAAAUAUAAUGUGGUGCCAUUGGUAGUCGUCGAAUUUCCAAGUAUGACAAUUGGUGGAGCGAUCCAAGGUGGUGCUCUAGAGAAUUCAAGUUUUAAAUAUGGUCAAGUGUCAGACACCGUUGUAGAAAUGGACGUGAUCACUGGAGAUGGACAAUUGUACAAAUGUAGUUCGACGAAAAAUGACGAUUUAUUCUUUGCUAUAUCAGCGAGCUACGGAACAUUAGGUAGGACGAAUGGUACAUAA